UUCCGGCGGUUUAGUUGUCGCUCACCCGUUGUGAGGGUAUGUUGUGUUCAACGUCAGUGCAUUGACAAUUCGAGGCCAACAACCUUCAUCUUUUCGCAGAGCCGAAAGUUCUAAGUGAUUUGUGACUGUUUUUAUUGUUACCCAGUGAGUUUUAAUUGAUAAAAGGGUGGAUAUUAUUUAAGUGCAUGGUGAUGGUACUAUUUUCUCUAAUUUGGAUUAAGUCGGAACGGUGAAAAAUUUCGUGUAUGGAUGUGGAAUGAGGGCGGCGACCCAGUGGGAUCAGGUGGCAUGGACUGCCUGCAGCUGCGCCAACCAGCAGGCCCGUUUCAUUACCUCAUCAGCGAACAGGCCAAGUCUCUGGUCGCCCUUCAAGAACUUCAGCAUGAGGUGGGGGCCCUCCUGGAGUUCCGCGAUCUCGUCAUCGAGACUUUUCCAAACCUCCGAAGUAAGAUGGCGUCCUCCACCCCGGCGACGAUGACCUCACACCAUUCCAACAUUCCCGUAUCGAUAAGACCAGGAGAUUGGACACCGGGGAUAAGAGUGAGGAAGAAAAUUGGCAGUAAGGACGAUAGGAAGAAAGGAGGAGAUACGGCGGUGCAAGAUUCGGGAUUCAGUACCGAAACUUCGAGCAAGGAAACACAUAGCGCUUCAUCUACUGCGUUGGCAACAUCUUCAUCUGCAGCUGGUGCGAUAGAGUCUGACGAAGUCGAAGACGAACUUUGGAACCUUCUAGACAUCAUUCACCGCAAAGGAACCCGUUUAAAAGAUGAAGCCGAAGUCCUGCAAGGCACUCUCCGCGAACAAGCUAUGCAUAAAGACGAACAAGAUGGAGGUGGUUCGUUUCAGCAAGUUAUUUUUUCUUCCUCUUGUCCGACAUCAUCAACAGACGUGCGAAAACUGCGUCAGGAGCGCGAUCUACUCCUGGAUCGGUUGGCAGAGAUGGAGGCUGAAGUGCUGGCCGGGAGAGUGCAUACUUCAAGAUUGCAAGAGGAUUUAGAGCAUUUGUUGACGACGAAGCUUGAUUUGGAGGAGCAGCUCAAAGCGGUUGUUACACAAAGAGGUGAAGUGAAUUCGCGUAUUCACGAUUUGCAUCUUCAAUUUGUGACUAAAAGUGGAAGCGUUUCGCCGUCGGAAAGUAGCAAGCUCCGUAGAGACUCGACGUCAUCGACGACGGCGAUAUCUAGUCAUCAACGGACAAGUCAAAAUAGUGUUUGUGAUCUUGACUCAGUGCUCAGUGAUAAAAUACCAAAAGUAGCAGUGCCGGAUACGAAAAAAAUACGCGCCAUUUUAAAAGAACACGACUCUUUGGUGCUGCAAAAGCAUCUGUUGACGUCUACAGUACGAAAUCAGCUCCUUCAAGAACAGCUAGAAUCGGCAUCUAGUAUCGAAAUGGAACUCACGGAGAGGUUACAUAAAUUUAAAGAAGAAUACGACGAGUUAAAAUUUCAGCUGGAAGACAAAACUAUUGAAUUAGAGGGCACCAGAGCACGAAUCCGUCUCCUAGAAGAUCUCCAAAAACCUUUAACGAAAAGCAGCUCACCUGAUAUCAUUCCAACUUUAGAGUCAACACCUCCCGGUCGACCGCCUUCCAGGACUGAAAUAUCCACACCUAGUAUGAAGGCCAUGAGUCCCCUUAUCAUGAACAACAUGAAAGCGAUGACUCUGAACCUUCAAACAGAUCAUUCGAGUAGCACGGAAUCUGCGCACGAUCAGUCCACGGAGAAAGAGAAGAAGGACAGUUCGAGGACGAGACGGCCGAGUAAGAUACCUUUGAAGAGUUACACUGCGCCAAAACCUCCGGGAGGUAAACACAGCCCAGCACCAUCCAGCACUCGUAGCCGUAGCGGCGAUUCACCAGGUAGACCACAUUCGGCACAAUCGUGGCGGCCGAAGAGCGAGUCCAACAAGUCCGAAGGCAACAGCCUCAACUCCAAAUCCAACUCCCUUUCCAAAUCGAGGAACAGCUCCCUCGUGACGACCAAGGACUCCUUGUCCGGAAAGCUGAGAUCCAGUGAGUCGUUCCAGAAGUUGAACGGCAGCAACACGUUCGGAAGGAGCGUUCAGAAGAAAAACCUCGGCGGUACUGUCGUCAAGAAGGAAAAUAGCGUGAGUGAUAAGAUUCAAGACUCAAACCUAGCAAAAGAAAAAUCUCCGUCUCAAUGGAUUCUCUCUUCAUAUAGUAGCGACCCGGGCCUAGAUCCAGAUCUCGAGCUGGCGUUCCCGGACUCAUUGGACAAAAACAAUUACGUUCAACAGUCCGUCACCGAUAGUUCCACGAGCUUCCGCUUCCACACCGCCAAUACCUUCAUGUGGAAUACGGGCCGCGCCCGGGCCGACGACGAAUUCUACGAUAGCAUAGACACCGACAUGGCUUCCAGCAUGUUCCAUAACGGAGAAGAUAUGGCCGAAUGCGACUCACUUGAAAGGCAGCUCUCGGAUUUUUUAGGAAAAAACUAAUUUAUUUAUGGAUUUUUUUUAUUUGCUUUUUGUCGCUACAAGAAUGGACAAUAUGGUAAUCAGACCAGCCCAUUUAGGAAAAAAUUAAUCGGUUUUUAAGUACAGCACCUAGAGACUUGCAACUUUUUGCAUUGUGUUCAGGAUGACGUUAGAAAAAAAGUCUACAAUAGAAAAAUGGGUGGAAAUGAAUAAUUGCAUUUUAAACUACAUAACAUGUAUCCAAAAGUGCAUAAACAUGUCAAAAUCAGUAUAUUAAGUAUAUUCAGGGGGUUUUUGGUUUUCGGUACUCAAUUGAACAGAUUACUCGGAGGUUUUUGGGAUCGCUGAACACGAAUACGUCAUCAGAAUCGCUCCCCGAAGCACCUGGUGCACGGGGUCACUGCUGAGGCACGUCAUUUUCUGGAAUUUCGAGGUUUUCCGACACUAAAUUGAUAUAAAUAGAUUACUUGGAGGUUUUUUAGGGUUGCUGAACACGAAUACAAAGUCAGAACCGACCUUUAAAAACCGAAAAUACUCUAAAUUCCACAACAUGACGUGUAUAUCAAUCACCCAGGGCACUAGGUCCUCCGAGGGUCGGUUCUGAACACGAAUAUGAGAUCAGAACCAACCCUCAGAGCACCUAGUGCCCAGUGUUGUGAGUUUUUAUUGAAUCUCACCCCACCGUGGCAAAAAGGGUUUAAUUAUUACCUUUUGCCUAAUAGGACAUAGGUGAAUAUUGUAGGACCACACCCGUAUGUCCCAAGCAGAGAAUGUCCUUCGAUGUUAACAAAUUAGUGAACUUUUAGAGCGACUGGUUCUGAGAAUUUAUUUGGUCGGGUUUUAUAGUUACUAAUAAACACGAUAUAAAGGAUUGUGCAAACUAGAAAUAAAGGUGUUAAACGAACAAAACAUUUAUCAACCACGAGUUUAACAAAUAUGCGGAAUUAACGAUAAAUUAUUGUCUUAAUAGCGAAAGAGAGAGAGAGUAAAAGUCUUUAAUCUAAUUAUUGCGGAGAACGUAUUUUCAUAAAUUCACUAACACCUCGCCUUUAGAGAGGCUAGCGAGAGACUACUCAAUUUUUAUUCUAAAACUGCAGUAUUUUGUUGUAAGGGUAAGAAUGUCACUUAGCAAGAGCGUAUCCAUGGCAUCCACACAUGUUUAUACCCUUGCGACCACCGAAGACGCCAAAGCAGCAACCAUAUCUCCGUUAUCUUUUGUGCCCUAACACAACACUAAGGCCAUUAUUAGACUAGGUAACUGGUGGCGCAACUAGUGGGGCAACUGGUGGCGCAACUAGUGGCUCCACCAAAUUAAAGCACACAAAAUAUUAUGGGCAACUGGUGGCCGAUAUGAGCAACUGGUGGCGCAACCAGUUACCGUAGUCUAAUAGGUCUCAUUUACUUAAAUGCCCCGUGACGUAAUGAGUCACUGGUGGAGCAACUUGGUGGCGUCACCAGUUGCCUAAUAUAAUACUGGCCUUACACUCAAGUUUUCAGAUAAUUAAAUCUUUCAAACACAAUACAGAUUGUCUCAACAGAUUUACAGGAGAGAUUUACAAAAAUGCGAAUUAAUUUAACUGUUGUUUUCACAACACCCAGGGUGGCUUUUAUGCACGUCAUCGUCUGGAAUUUCGAGGUUUUCCGACACUAAAUUUAUGUAAAUAGAUUACUUGGGGGUUUUUAGGGUUGCUGAACACGAAUACGAAAUCAGAACCGACCUUUAAAAACCGAAAAUCCUCGAAAUUUCAUAAUAUGGCGUGCAUAUCAGUCACCCAUGGCACUAGGUACUCUGAGGUUCGGUUCUGAUGUCAUAUUCGUGUUCAGCAACCCCAAAAACCCUCCGAGUAAUCUAUUAGUAUCAAUUUAGUGUCGGAAGCCUCGAAACUCCAAACGAUGUGCCUUAGCAGUAACCCUGGGCACCAGGUGCAUCGACGGUCGGUUCUGAUUCGUGUUCAGUGACCCAAAAAAACCCUAAUAACAAAAUCUUACCAUUAUAUACUGAUUUUAAUAUUUUUAUGCAUUUCCACCCAUUUUUCUAUUGUUGGCUUUUUUCCUGACGUCAUCCUGAACACAAUGUAGAAAGCAACAAGUCUAUAGGUGCUGUAUUUAAAAAUCGAUUUAUUCCGGUGUGUUUAAUGCUAAAUGCCCUGGUAUAAAUGGUUUAUUUUAAACUAUUAAGUAAAAUCUGUCCAGCAAUGUUGAAAAAUAUUCCAAAAAAAAACAUGGAAAGUACUGAUGUACGAAAUAUAGUUGGUUUUAGGCAAUUUAACUUUAAGAUUAAAUUGAUGUUCCUCUUAAACCAGUUCCAUGAGAAAAUACUAAGUAUUUAAUCAAUGAAUUAGUCCAGUACCUAUAAAACUUAAAAAGUUGUAUUGUAAUUGUAGAACUAGCAUCAAAUAUGAUAAUGUAAACAUUAGCUGUCGAGCAACUUCGGACAAUCUAUAUUCAAUUUAUAAUAAAAAAUUUGAAAUAUUUUAAAACUAUGUCAGAACUUUUAAAAAUACUUCUUCUAAAGGUGCCUAUCUUAUCUUCUAGAGAUGUUGGCGACCACAUUGACCCAUCUUAUUUUAUUCACAGCAGAUCGAAAUAGAUCAGUUGACGUUAGAGUCAAGAUUGGUCCUAAGAUUGGCCAGUCAGAAUAAACGUCUACGUACAGGGCCUCUCUUGCCCUCAAUCUUGCUUUGUAGAAUUAACUGUAGAAGUCGGUAUUUAUUAUUACCCAUAAUGUGGCCGAAGUAAGCUAAUUUUCUGUUCUUUUGGUAUUAAUAAUUUCUUUGCCUUUUCUUAGCCUGUGAAGAAGAGUUAUGUUAGUUGUGUGGUGUAUAUGAGACCCUCAACAUACAUGGGUAGCACCAAAUUUUAAAUGCCUCUAAUCGUUUUAUGGCAUCUUCUGUAAGACUCCAGUUUUCUACUCCAUAGAGGAGGACACUAAAGACGUAACAUCACAGAAUUCUUAAGCUUAUAUUGAAACUUUAUUUAAAAGAUAAGUUGCAGAGAAUCCUCCUAAGACCGUUAAAAGAGUUUCUGGCUUUUUCAAUACGAGUUUUUAUUUCGUAGCUAUGAUUCCAAGUAUCCUUAAUAUUGCAGUCCUUCUUCUUCUUCUUAAAGUUCCCUCUCCUAUCGAAGGUUGGAUAUCAUAAUGUCUAUGGUCACUUUGUUGCCUGCUGCUUUGAAUAGUUGUAAUGAACUACACUUAAACCGUUCUCUAAGGUUCCUCAGCCAGGAGAUGCGUCUUCUUCCUAUGCUUCUUCUUCCUUGAAUCCUUCUUGCAUAAUAAUUCUCAGCAACUCAUAUUUUUCUCCUCUGGUAAUGUGACCCAAAUAUUCCAGUUUUCUAGUUUUUAUACUCUGCAUAAUUUCUAACUCCUUAUUUAAACGUCGUAGCACUUCAACAUUGGUAAUCCUUUGAACCCACUGAAUUUUCAAUAUUCUUCUGUAACACCACAUUUCGAACGCUUCUAUUCUUCUUAUGUGUUUUCUCUUCAAUGUCCAAGCUUCCAUUUCGUAUAGCAAUAUAGAAGAUAUGUAGCAUCUUAGAGCCCUCAAUUUGAGAGGCAACUGAAGGUCUUUGUUUGUAAGCAGUGUCUUCAUUUUUAUAAAUGCUUGCCUUACAGUUUCAAUUCGGACUUUAAUUUCUUUGCUUUGGUCAUUUUUGUCAUCAACCCAGGUUCCCAGAUAUUUGUAUGUCUAAACUUUUUCUAUUUGGGUUUGCUCUAUCAUUAACCUUAUAUUUCCAUGUUCUGUUUUUGAGACAAUCAUAAAUUUAGUUUUUGCGGCCCAAAUAAGAUAUUUUCUGCACUCUUUCUAACGGUGUAUCGCUUAUUGUAAUUUGGGCGUUUAUGUUGGUGUUCUUACUGAUGAUCAUCAUUUUUGUCUUCUUACAAUUUAGGUUUAGGCGGUAUUUGUUAUAUGUUUCUGCAACAUUAUCCAUCCUUUGGAGUCCUUGCGGACUGUCUGCCAGCAAUACUUGUCGUCUGCACAUCUAAUAUUGUUUAUAAGUUAGCCAUUUACUGCAGUACCAUCUUCUGAUUCGUCCAAGGCCUCUCUAAAGAUGUUUUCAGAGGAUAUGUUAAAUAAUGCUGAUGACAGUAUGCACCCUGUCUAACACCUUAGACAAGGCGCCCUAUUGUUCUCUAUUUGUCCUGGUCUGGCAUGGUCCUGAAAAUCAUCCAUUCCCUCCACUUUUAAAGAAUUCUCUUAUUUUCGCAAAAUAGGUUGCUCUUUCAUGUCAAUAUUGAAUUAUUUCGUCGAGAGUUGUGCUUCCUUCCGCUAUGGCCUUGAUUUUUUUAUGUAGGUUAAAAGUGUUUCUGUUCUAUUCUGUUGAGAUUUUAUUUCUGUACAUUGCUUAUACUAUUCUACAGUAUGUAGAGGUUUUAUUUCUAUAUAUUGCUUAUACUAUUCUACUGUAUGUAGAGGUUUUAUUUCUAUAUAUUGGUUAAGUAGCCGCAACUCUUGUUUCUUUGAUCUUUUUGUUGAUUCUGUUUGUCUUUAUAGCAUCCUUCAUCUUUGCUUCCGUAUUUUCUUCGAUCUUGCAUUAUUUCUUCUGUCAUUCACGGUUUUUGGUUUUGUACAUCUUUUCUCCCUUAGUGUACUGUUUGUUACUAAUUUUUUUCAUUAAUAUGCUGUGUUUUUUAUUUUGUUGUUGAGUUUUUCUUUAACAUCUUCCAUUUUCGGUUAUCUUUUGAUAACUAAUGUCGAUUGUUUUUCGUCCUUUUGUUUGUAAACGUUUUUCAUAUGUAAAUUUAUAUAUUACUGAAUUUUAGACUAUUUUGUCUGUUAUCCUGUCUUUUUAAUAACGUUUUAGGGACAGUCACAUAGCGAUUUCCAGAUAUAAAUUCUCCCCUGAGGCAACUGAAUAAAGGUGUGGAUUAUAGCAGUGGCUCCUUUUAUUUCUUAUUUUUAUUCACAGUCCUACAGUAGUCCCAAAGUGUCCUACAGUAAAGUUUGUUCACUUUAUCGUUAAAAUCACCUAUAUGGCAAUUUCGCUCUUUGUUGCGAUAUCUCCUCAGAACACUUAUUUCUCUUCUUUUCCUAAUAUAUUUUCCUAUAUGAGCACCAUGUUAGGGGGUGCUCUUUAUUUUCUACAUUUACAUUAUAAAAACUUGUAAUUACUUGUUAUAAAAUAUAAAAAAUAGUUACUUUAUCAAUAGCUAAAUGGAUUUUCCAAUAUCCAUGAUGUAAUUCCACACAGAAAAAUUUUUAAUUUUACCUUUUACCCGAUUGAUUUGUAUUUAAAUAUAUUUUAAGACAAGUAGUUAAAAACAUUAUCUUACUAAAUAUAAAGCUAAAAUAUGUUUAUAUAAAUUUAAACAAUUCGUAUUUCAACUAGUUAAAUUUUUAAAACAUAAAAUAUAUUUAACUAAGAAAAUGGAUGGAUUAUGAAUUUGAUACUUUAUAACAAGAUAUUAACUCUAGAAAAAUCUAUAUUUUGACUGAAAAAUAGCGCAGCCUCUUGCAUAAACUUGUAGAUAAGUUAAUGUUGCCAUCAAGGACUGGUGUUCUGUUAAAAUCAAUUUUAAUUUCCACAAAACAUUUGUACUCGAUGUGUGUCGGUUGGCCAGUAGUUGUCAAAAGUUAAAAAAAUGAGUACGUAUAUUACCCAACAGUAGUAACAGUAUAACCGUAUAUAGAUCAUAGACAUAAUAAGAAUAGACAAAGCAUGGUUGAGCAAAAUAGUAUAACGUUGGGCACUCUAGUAUAUCUGAUUGGAGUGGUCUAUCUAUCUCUCUUUACCGCGCGAUCACGCGCGUGUGAAGGACAAAGAUAGCUAGGCCACUCAAAGAGAACGAGAAUAUUGGCGUUUCAUGUGGUUUCACCUGUAUUCACAGAGCCGCCCAUAUGUACCUUACCUACUCUACUGUUAUUAUAUCUAUCUUAUAGAUGCCAUACCACUGAGUAAAUAGUAUGAAAUUUAAAAAGAUAAUGUACAAAUUUGUGCAACUUAUUUCAAAUUUGAUAUUUAGUGGUAGAGAUGUAAAGUGGUGGCAUCCCAUAACGUGUUUAUAGAUAAACUUUUAUGCAGAAGGUUCUUCCUGAGAAAAGCAUAUAAAAAAAAUCCAUUUUUGAUUUAGAAUAGCAAACUAUUUUGUGUACCAUUAAUCGGCAACAUUCCACUUAAAGGUGAAUUGAAAAUAUACGCUACAUUAAGAUGACGUGGCACAUCAGUUUUUGUGAGAAUAGAUCCAUAUCAAUUCAUUUUGAACUAUUUAUUCGCGUUUUAUCUAGUUAGUAGUUCACUGUGAGGUAUAAAUAAUUUGUGAGCUGUUAUAUAGUUCUCAAUUAUUUCCAAAGAACUAUGAUUCAGCAUUUAUUUUUAUACUAAAGCUUUUUUGUUCAAUAAAAUAUUUCAAAUAAAUUUACAAAAUGGAUUUGAAAUAAUCAGCUAUGGUUAUAGCCAUAGACAUUUAAUGACUAGACUGCGCACUUCAAUCUAAAAUUCUUUCCCUCAGUAGGCAUCUCUUUCUGAUCGGUGGCAGUGGGAAAGUCACGUGGUCGAUAAACCUAACGUCAUUGGAUAAACACCGCCGAUUCCCGUCGAUUAGAAAGAGAUAAAUACCAACACUUUUCUCUGUCGCACUGGUGGAGCAAUUUUAGAUUGUAUUAAGUAUAAGUAUUAUAUGUCUAUGAUUUAAAGUAGUAGAUUUAAUUUAAUGUCGUAAAAUACAAUUGUAUCUAACCUCAAAAUAACAUGAGAGUGUGACGUCAACGAUAAUAUAGCGACUGCAAGAAUGAAUUUAUAGAUUUGGUGCUUGUAUAUAUCACUGAACUGAUAUUUUGACUUGUAUUAUAGCAUGUAAUAUGUCACUAAUACCAUUUAAAAGUGUAUAACUUUUUUGUAAGAUAUUAUGUAGGUAAUCGGUAAUUUUAAACACAUUUGGCGAGAAGUAGAACAAGUUGUAAACUUUUUAUAGCAAAAGAUGUCUACUUUUUGAUAAGUAUGAAAAUAAUUAUGUAUCUUAUUGUUUCUUAUUUAUUUUUCUAUGUAUAAUUUAAUUUAUGGUCUGAAAAGUUUCCUGUCGAUAUGAUAUACUCCAUUUAUUUUUUUUUCAGCACUUUUAAGUAACAAUUGAAUUUUUAAAAUGACAUUGAUUAUUUAUAUUUUAAUUAUUUAUAUGGAUGUAUAUUUCACUACUUAUUCUAUCAGUAUUCACUAAGCUAUUCAAUGUGUUUAUGUAUCCAUUAGAAAUAUAAAAAAUCGAUUUUGCUUUGUUUGCUGUGUAGAACUGUGAUAAGUAAUAUGCAGAUGUGGAUGUCUCCGAGUGGCAAACUUCAUUGAAUUAGUUUAUAAUAGCAGUAUUAAUCCUUUCUAUAACUGUUUAACAUUACAAAAUCCACACGGAAAAGAAAGAAUUUUUCCUGUAGCUGGCUGUAUACCAUCAAUCACAAAAUUUAAUGAAAAAUCCUUUGUAAAAGGUAUACAUUUUUUUAUUAAAAUCCCUUUAAGAGCUACAUCACAGAACUUUUUCGAUUUUUAAUAAAAUCAUCAUCAGUGUUUGGAACCUAAAAGUAAGUAUAACUGUGUUAAUGAAUGCAAAGUUAAUAUUUGAAAUUUUGACUAAGGGUAAAGCAAGUUGGUUAUACUUACAGGUUAAUUGCAAGCUGAGCCACCAAAGAAAUACCAGAGUGAGAACCAGGGUUCUCAACACUGAUGAUGAUUUUGUUAAAAAUCGAAAAUAUUCUGUGAUGUAGCCCUUAAAGGGAUUUUAAUAAAAAAAAUAUACCUUUUACAAAGGAUUUUUAUUAACAUUACGUAAUUUGGCCUACAAGUUAUAUAAUAUACAGUGUGUCGCAUUUAAGACGAAGACAGCUCUAUAUUUCGGCUAUCAAAAUAAAUACAGAUUUGACGUUUUGCACUGUCAUACAGGUUGAAGGUUCAAUUCCUGAGAUCCAUCUCGGGACAACCAAUGUUAGGUCUUCCUGACUACAAAUAAUGAAAACACUAGAAGUGCGAAUUUGAUCAUGAAAUUUGGUAUGUGGAGUUAGAAUAAUAUUUGGAAUAACUUUUCCCGAUUUCUCUAACGCGAAGCCAAAUAUCGAAAAUUUACCUUGUUUGUGGAGUCUUUGUUUAAAAUCUAAAAUUUCAGUGAAGUAUUUAAAAAAAUGUGAACAUUCAACCUGUAUGAGUGUGCAAAACUGCAAAUCUGUAUUUAUUUUGAUAGCCGAAAUUUAGGGGCUUAAAUGCGACACACUGUACAUAAGAUAUACAAUCAAACUAGUGAUAAACACCUACAGCUCUUACGCACUGGAAUACAAACAUGAGAAUUCGCCAAACCACGCCAAAUUCAGAAAUAAAUUAUUUUAGUUUGGAAUAGCUUCCUUCACAUCCAAUAUUGACUAAAUGUGUAAAACAGUUGUAGAAAAUAUGUGUCUAUAAUUUUCUAUAUUUUUUCUUUAUUAUUUUAACUUAUUUAUGUUGAUCAGUAAAUUUUGGUGCAUUUUCUUGAAAAAAUCAUGCUUUUAAUAUUUGAAUUUAAGUUAUUAGGUUUUUUUAUUGUAAGUUUUUUGUAAUGGUUUCUUAUUAAUCUCGUUUUAUAUUGUCGUGUCAAUUUUUAUCCUUUUUAUCAAAUUUAUUAUAUGCAAUGUGACCUACUUAGCUUAGAACACCCCUGUAAAAUUAUUAACAGAUUAAGUUAUAAUUAUUUAAAAGUAAUUGUAUUGUCAUUAACAAACUUCUGGACAACAUUUAAAAGAUUAAUUUAAAUUUUCAAUGCACUGUAUUUUUUCGUAGUCCAACAUACAAAAAAAAAAUAGUGGUUUUUAUAACUACUCGUUUAUUUAUUAUAGUUUUUCAUUGUACUGAGACGGCAAAUGUUCAUAUUUCUUUUCGUUGAAGUAUACGGUCCUGUAUUGCCUAAUUUUUAUCUCUGAGGGACAGUGAAGUUAUUUGUUCAGUAUGUAUUGACUUUUUACUUUUACAUUUUACUUUUUAGAAUUUGGUGUUUAUAUUUUUAGUUUUUGCUUAGUUUUAAACAAAAUCUUAUACUUGUUGAAUUUUAAUAAUUUUUUCAUGAAAAUGCACCAUUUUAUUUUUAUCCACCAAUUGCCACAAACUUUGUGAUAUGUACUGAAAUGCUCAUCACAUGUAUAUUCUCUUUUAAUUCAAUUGAGAUUUUCUUGAACUUGAAUAUAUCAACUAUAAAUUAUCAACUUUUUUCACUAUGUAAUUAUUAGGUAACAAUAUAGGAAUUUACCAUUUAUACAGAGUGUUUUAUAAGUGAUUGGACAGGCAGAGAAAUAUCUUGCAUUAAAAUCAAUCGUUUGAGUUCAAAAUGUUGCUUAUUUUCCUUUUACAUGGCCUUCUCUUCUUAGGGUGCCAUGUUCCUAGAAAACGUCGUCGACGACCAUGUUUAUCAUGAUUAUAAUUUUCUUAUAUUUCCUAUAUAUACUGUUAAACCUGUCCAGUGUAGCAAAUUUCUCAACCAAGAGAUUUUUCUCCGCCAAAUCCAUUUCUUUCUUUCAAUUUUACCGUUGAAGGAACUUAUAUCUUGGUUCUCUGAUUAUAUUCUAGUUUAUGCGUCUUAAUGAUAUUUAAUAAAGUUCUUUGAUGACCUAUUUUUCGAAGAACUACUUCGUUUCUGGUUCUGCUGGUCCAUGCUAUUUUGAGUAUAUAAAUUGACUUUAUUCAUGGUAUCGAUGUUCAAAGUCGAAGUUCCACAUCCAUACAAAAUGGGUUGGGUUGGGCUGAUAUCCUCUUUACCGGUCACCAUAUAUUAAGUUUCAUCUAUGUUUAUUGACAGUUUACAUAGUGUUUUCUCAUUAUUUUUGGGAUAGAUUUUGAAAUUUGUAUAUGGCCAGAAUUUGUAAUCGAAGAAAUCGUCUUUUAUUAUAUGGUGCAAAUAUUUUAUAUAUUUUAUAUUAUCAAUAUUAUCUUUGCGACCAUAUUUCUAUAAUUUGCCGGCAGAAUGUCUAUUCCGGGUGGUUUCUGGCCUCUUUCAUUUCAAUAGUCGUUGAUAGUUCCUCUUACCUCUCUUCUGUUUUUUUCUGUUAUUCUUGCCUCAUCUCUUUCAUCUUACAAGGUUUUCUUUCUCAUCUAUAUUAAUUGUCUGACUAAAAUAUUCAACCCAUCUGUUCCUUGAAUUCUUUUUUGUUGGUGUUAACAUCCUUAUAGAAUCUUCUGAAUUUAAGUACCAUAUUUAUGCGGAUUCGUUUCUUUUUUUUUUGUUUAUUUCAAGUCUUUGUAUGCACAUCACACCUACAAAUCAUGUAUAGCGGUAAACAAUAUACAGCGCGCAUAUUAAAUAUUUAAAUUUAUCUUCAGCUGUUAGGCGAAAGGGCCACCAUGUAGUAGUAGAGAAGAGAUGAUACAAUUCUCUUAUGCAGUUCAGCUUCAUAUGACAUUUUAUUGGAAUCUGUUGAAUUUUCUGUUAGAUUUAAGAUUUCUGUAUUUACCACAGGACUCUUAAAAACAAGUUACAGAAACGCCCUCUCGGAGAGAAUCAAGCAACAUAUCGUAUUCAAGGAAAAUAAUAAAUAAAGUAUAACACUUUCUUUACCAUUUAAUUAUUUAUGGACCACUCUGUAUAAGUAAGACAGAUUUAUAAAAUUAAUACCUAAUUUGUUAUUAUUUUUAAGAAUUUCUUGACUGAAAACGUUUUAUAAAUCUGUUCAAUUAGAAAAAUAUUUGUAUAUAGUUUCUGUUUGUAUUAUAUAUUAUAAAAAAAUCACUUAUUAUAAAUAAAUACAAUGUUACAUUUUA